AUGCUGGGCCCUCGCUUCAUCCGCCCAGCGACCUCGCUGUUACGGCCCUUCAGCUCGUCCGCCGUGGCCUACCGCUCCCCCUCCAUCCGAGAUGUAACGGCUGAUUCUGCCGAGGAGUUCAACAGGCGGCAGAAAGAAUUCCGCGAGAACCUGGAAGAGGCUCGCAAGAGAAAGGAGCAGCAAGAGAGUCAGUCUGUCGAUGCUUCUAUUACUUCCCCUGCACGUGAGUCUGUUCCCACUGCUCCGUGUGUGAGCAAUGCGAGCAGCUUUGAUCGUAUUCGCCCUUCGUUUGAUGCGGCCGAGGCGCUUGACCAUAAGGCAUUAGGCUCACUGGCAACCCAUCGUUAUUUAGGAGAUGAACAACAACUGGACCCCCACAACAAGCGCGGUGCCCUUUCUUCCCUCAUCUACGGUACCAAGGAGGGCCAACACUUUGACAAGGACAUCGAACGCUCCUUCUCGCAGGUACUUGCCCGCGGCAAGUACGUCCACUCGAUUGUGUUCCACGAUGUCAAGCCCGACAAGGUUGAUGAGUAUGUGGAUCUGGUGGGCCAGUGGUAUCCCCGCAUGGCCGGCACUGAGGAGAACCGGGUCAACUUGGUCGGCAGUUGGCGCACACAGGUCGGUGACAACGACACCUUCAUCCACAUCUGGGAAUACCAACGUUAUGAAGGUUACCACGCCUCUCUGCACAACAUCUCGCAGCACCCCGAAUUCCGCGACUUUGACCACAAGCUGAAGAGCUUGAUCAAGAGCAAGAAGACCUCAUUGAUGCAGGAGUUCUCUUUCUGGCCCACCACUCCCCCACGCCGCCUGGGUGGACUCUUCGAGCUCCGAUCCUACACCUUGCACCCAGGCAACCUUUUGGAAUGGGAGACCCACUGGCGCCGGGGUCUGACAGCGCGACGAGAGGUGAUGGAAGGCGUGGGCGCGUGGUUCGUCCAGAUCGGUGACCUCAACACGGUGCACCACCUGUGGCAGUAUGCCAACCUGGAGGAGCGGAAGAUCCGCCGCGAGCAGUCGUGGAGCGUCGAAGGCUGGGCCGAGACGGUACACAAGACAGUGCCCCUCAUUCAGACGAUGCAGAGCCGGAUCCUGGUCCCGAUGCCGUGGAGCCCUGUCGGUUAA